UUCGCUAAUUAAACCAUCUAUGUUUUUGACUUAGAUCUAAAACCCCUUAAACAAAAUUCAAAAGCAAUUUAUUAAAUCAAAAGCUAACAUCUCAAAUUGUUGAUUGAUUCAAACGCCCCAACUAAAACCUCAAAAUUCACCAAAACAUUUUUUAGUUUUUGUGACGAUUUCGGAUCUCAGUCCAAGUGUUUGAUUUAGUGUUCGAAUUCGAAAAUGGCAGCAAGACAAAUGGAAGAGAUACAGAGGAAGCUGGCGCUGCUGAAUUAUCCUAGAGCCACUGCGGCUGCUCAGUCCCUCCUCUUCGCCGGCAUGGAGCGCUACGCCCUUCUCGAGUGGCUCUUCUUCCGCUUGUUGGGGGACAAGUCGCCAUUCUCUCAACAAAAUCUUCAAGGGGACGCCAACGAAGAGACCGCUCGAAUCCAGUAUUUGGCAGAGAUUGCAAAGUUUUUGGGUAUUACGACUACUAUUGACACAGAAGCCAUCCAAGGGCGAGGAAGCUAUGAAGAUCGCACUGAAAUGCUUCGUCUAAUUGUAGAUCUUGUGGAGGCGAGUAUUUAUGCUGAUAAUCAAGAAUGGAGUACCGAUGAGCAGGUAGCAAAGGACAUACAACUAAUUGAUUCCAUAGCUGAAAAACAAGCUCAAAUAUUCUCCGAGGAGUGCAAAUUGUUCCCUGCAGAUGUUCAGAUUCAGUCCAUAUAUCCAUUGCCUGAUGUUUCUGAAUUGGAGAAAAAGCUUUCAGAACAAUCAAAGAUAUUCUUAAGUCUUCAACAGAAGGUUGACGAUUUGGCUUCAAAGCAUGCUUACAACCCAGAUGAGGAUUAUGCAGAGGUGGAAUCAAGAUUGCGUGCACAUUUAGAGUCUUUUCUGGAAACUGCAAAAUCAUUCAAUACGAUUUACACUAAGGAAAUACGUCCUUGGACACAUAUGAUGGAGGUACCCCAGCUCCAUGGAUUUGGGCCGGCUGCCAAUCGAUUGUUGGAGGCAUACAAGAUGCUUUUGAAGUUCCUGGGGAACUUGAGGAAUCUUAGAGACUCAUACGCAGCUCUUGCUGUUGGAUCGUCUGACUCAGUUGCUGGCGAGCCCUCAUCUGUCACAAGAAUAAUCUCUGAGUGUGAAUCUGCAUUGACAUUCCUAAAUCGCGAUCUUGGGAUUCUCUCAGCUUCCAUUGCUCGCGAGCAAGGUGAGGAGGUGAGUUUAUGAUGAAAUUGUUGUAAUUGUUGUGGGGAGGGCCAUGAAUUCAGUGUCUUCCCCUUCUUUCGGGACUGCAGAUGUAUGCUUGGAAAAUGUUGUUUCUUCAUGUCGAAUGAAAGCGAAGUACAAUGUAAUAUUGAUUCUGUGUUCAUAUCACCCAUCCUUGUUCGUUUGGCUUGCA